AUGGCUUAUCUCGGCGAUACAAGUCAAAUAUUGGUAGAUACUACAGAUGUUUUUACAACUGAUCAAAAAUUUGCUACCCUAGAUGAUGUUGUCACAUGGGCUCGAGAUGUUGGAGAUGCCAAUAAAGUCGGUAUUAUCAUUACUCGGUCGGAUAAAAAGAACGAAAUAAGAGGAAGAAAUGACAAGUUGAUUUUGGGUUGUGACAAAAGAGUUGCACCUUCAACAGAUGGUUCAGGAUGGAAAGUUCGGGUUAUUCAUGGAGUUCACAACCAUGGGCUACCUGACCAAUAUCACGGUCAUCCUCACAAGACACGUUUAACCGAUGAUGAAAACAAACGUGUUGAAGAUUUGACAAAGCGUAAGGUAGCACCAAGGCACAUUGUUUUAGAUUUGAAAGAUCAAAAUUCAGAGUCUGUUGUUGAUGCCACACUUAUAUAUAGGAAAAGACACAUGAUGCAAAUACAGGAAAGAGGCUCCAGAACAGAGCCGCAACACUUGCUGCAGUGGUUAGAUGAUGCAAAAUAUGUCAUCUGGAAUAGAAGAAAAGAUGAUGGCUCCGAUGUUUUAAGUGAUAUUUUUUGGGCGUAUCCAUAUUCAAUCAAGUUGUUGAACUUGUUUCCCAUUGUUUUGGUUAUGGACUGCACAUACAAAACUAAUAAAUAUAGACAGCCACUGCUUGAAAUUACUGGCAUAACGUCAACUAACAUGACAUUUGCUGUUGGAUUUGCUUACAUGGAAUCUGAGAAGACGAACAAUUAUCAUUGGACGUUAGGUAAGUUGAAGGAAUUGGUUACUAAGCAAGAUAUAUUUCCUAAAGUAAUUUUGACUGACAAGGAGUUUACUUUGAUGAAUGCAAUUAAAGAUAUAUUUCCACAUACUACUAAUAUGCUUUGUACGUGA